AUGAAAGUCGUCAAAUGUCCCGUUGGAAGUUUUAUAUCAUCACAAGGUAUUAGUCGUCAAGGUACGGAAGAUUAUAGUGAAGAAAAUUCUUUACAUACAAUUAGUAGUGAUCGAACACAAUUAAAUUUACUAUCGACUAAUUCAGUAUUAGAGAAUACGGAUAAUGUACCAAUAUUAACAUCAUUAUCACCAUCAAAAGUCAAAUGGAUAGAUGCUGUUCGAACAGUUACACAAUUAAAUCAAAAAUAUAAUUUAAAUGAUUGA